AUGUAUCCUGCGCUGUCCAAAAAGCUGUAACCUUAGCUUGCUAAUGGUUUUGUAAAAGAAAAUUAAAUAUUGAAACGGAAGACAAUACUAGCUAAUAAAAACAACAGCGAGCCGAUUCUGGCUUGUAGUAUUAGAAGCCACGUUUGAGCUGCGUUUGUAACGAGGCUUCGUAACGGGUUACUGGCAAGCUAGCUACGUCUACGAGAAAUUCCAACAAAAAAUACAGAAAAAAGACUGCAUGGCCUGCGUGUAGCCGCGUGAUUGACGUCCCUGGCGCGAGGAAGGCAGGCAGGCGCGGCGGUGCAGCAGCCGGCGUGGCGAGAUGAAGGCCACCCACCAGAAGAACUCCGUGCAGAUCCUGGCCGGCCGGGAGCGCGGCGCCCAGGGCCUGGGCUCCCAGCGCCUCCUGCAGCAGCUGGUGGAGCAGAAAGCCCGCUGGAUGAAAUGGCAGAGCCAGAAAGUAGAGUUGCCAGACAGCCCCCGCUCAACAUUCCUGUUGGCUUUCAGCCCGGACAGGACACUAAUGGCCUCCACCCACGUCAAUCACAACAUCUACAUCACAGAGGUGAAGACGGGCAAGUGCAUUCACUCUCUGGUGGGCCACCGCCGCACUCCGUGGUGCGUGACCUUCCACCCCACCAUCCUGGGCCUGCUGGCCUCGGGCUGCCUCGACGGCGAGGUCCGCAUCUGGGACCUGCACGGCGGCAGCGAGAGCUGGUUCACGGAGAGCAAUGUGGCCAUCGCCUCCCUGGCCUUCCACCCCACCGCCCAGCUCCUCCUCAUCGCCACCAACAACGAGGUGCACUUCUGGGACUGGAGCCGGCGGGAGCCCUUCGCCGUGGUCAAGACGGCUAGCGAGACGGAGAGAGUCAGGUUGGUGAGAUUUGAUCCCUUGGGUCAUAACCUUUUGACAGCCAUUGUGAAUCCUUCAAACCAACAGAGUGACGAUGACUCCGAGGUCCCCAUGGACAGCGUGGAGAUGCCCCACUUUCGGCAGCGCUCCUUCCUGCAGGCGCAGCCGGUGCGCCGCACCCCCAUCCUCCACAACUUCCUGCACAUCCUGUCGUCGCGCAACUCGGGCUCGCAGGCGGGGGAGCAGCCCCCGGCGGCUGAGGAGAGCCCCGCCGCGCCCCCCAGCCUGCCCUCGGGCCGCUACACCAGCCUGCGGGACCGCCCCGCCUACCAGGGGUGCGUGCAGCACCUGGGCAUGGUGUGCUUCUGCAGCCGCUGCUCCGUCACGCGCACCCCGUCGCCCGGCGAGGACGCCUCGGCCCCGUCGCCGCCCCUGCCCCCCGCCUCGUCCGAGGUGCCCCCCCACCACGCCUCCACCUUCUCGUCGGCCCGCACCGAGCCGCGGCAGCCGCCCGAGCCCCGCGGCUCCGAGCGGCCCUCCGCCUUCAGCAGCGUGUACGGCAGCGCGGGCGGGAACUCCCUGCGCAGCCUGUCCUCCGCCUCCGGCCGCCGCGGCCUCCUGGGCCCCCAGCAGCCGGGCCGGGACCCCUCGGGCCGCCUGGCGGGGGCCGACUGGACGGGCAGCAUGCAUAACAUCCGCGCCGAGGCCGGGGCCGCGGGCAUGCCUCCCCCCAGGACUAGCGCCUCCUCGGUCAGCCUGCUGUCGGUGCUCAGGCAGCAGGAGGGGUCCUCACAGACGCCCGUCUACACCUCUGCCACCGAGGGGCGGGGGUUCCACCCCACUGGGGCGGGCCCCAGCGGCAGUGGCGGCGGCAGCAGCAGCGGAAUGGGGAGCGGGGCCAGCACCAGCGGCGGGCACCACCCCCUGGGGGAAGGCGAGCGCAGCAGCCCCGCCUCCAUCCGCAAGGUCCUCCAGUGCAACCUGAGCCGCUACUUCAUGGAGUACGACCGCCUGCAGGACAUGGAGCAGUCCAUGGGCGGCGAGGGCGGCCAGGAGCAGCAGACGCAGGAGAUGCUCAACAACAACAUGGACCCCGAGCGGCCGGGCCCCUCCCACUACCAGCCGCCUCACAGCAGCGAGAACAAUUCCAGCCUCUCCCGGGGCCACCUCAACCGCUGCCGGGCCUGCCACAACCUGCUCACCUUCAACCACGCCACGCAGCGCUGGGAGCGCACCGGCCAGGCCUCUGCCGCCUCCGCCGACGAGGCCGCCGCGUGGCAGCCUUCCGGCCCCGCCUUCGAGGCCCUGGGCCAGGGGGUGGCACGGGACGCCCACCCCCCCGAGAGGAGGGUGGUGGCCGUGGCGCCGCUCUCCAGCGGGGCAACCCCUGUCGCCGACUCGGCCUUCGCCCGCCCAGGGUCCUCCGGCCAGCAGGGGGAGCAGACUGUAGGACUGGUGUACAACCAGGAGACGGGCCAGUGGGAGCGAGUUUACAGGCAGUCCGCCACAAGCCGAACCAGGAAUGUACCACAAGAGGCCUUAAACCAGGAAGUGCCUGAGGAGAACUCGGAUGAGGAUUCCCUGAGAAGGAGGCUGUUGGAGUCCUCUCUCAUCUCACUGUCUCGGUAUGACAUAUCCGGAUCCCGAGACCAUCCCAUUUAUCCAGAUCCUGCCAGGUUGUCCCCAGCUGCCUACUAUGCCCAGCGGAUGAUCCAAUACCUGUCUCGCCGGGACAGCAUCCGUCAGCGUUCCUUGCGUUAUCAGCAGAACCGGCUGCGGCCUCUUCCCUCCUCCUCCGACAGUACAGCCAGCAACAUCUCCCCCUCCAUGGAGAACAACGAGGUGGACUUCGAGGAGUACGAGGAUAACGGGGACCGAGCAAGGCACAGAACUCCACGCAACGCGCGAAUGUCCGCCCCCUCCCUGGGCCGCUUCGUACCCCGGCGAUUCCUGUUGCCAGAGUACCUGCCGUACGCCGGAAUUUUCCACGAGAGGGGGCAGCCUGGUUUGGCUACUCACUCGUCUGUUAACCGAGUCCUGGCAGGUGCAGUGAUCGGGGACGGACAGUCUGCAGUGGCCAGCAACAUCGCCAACACCACCUACCGGCUCCAGUGGUGGGACUUCACCAAGUUCGACCUCCCCGAGAUCAGCAACGCCUCGGUCAACGUGCUGGUGCAGAACUGCAAGAUCUACAACGACGCCAGCUGCGACAUCUCUGCGGACGGCCAGCUGCUGGCCGUCUUCAUCCCCAGCAGCCAGCGCGGCUUCCCCGACGAGGGCAUCCUGGCCGUGUACUCGCUGGCGCCGCACAACCUGGGGGAGAUGCUCUACACCAAGAGAUUCGGUCCCAAUGCCAUUUCAGUCAGCAUAUCACCUAUGGGUCGCUAUGUGAUGGUGGGGCUGGCCUCCAGAAGGAUCCUGCUCCACCCCACCACUGACCACAUGGUGGCGCAAGUGUUCCGCCUGCAGCAGCCCCACGGGGGAGAGACGUCCAUGCGGAGGGUCUUCAAUGUGGUCUACCCAAUGGCCCCAGACCAGCGGAGACACGUCAGUAUCAACUCUGCCAGAUGGCUCCCAGAGCCAGGCUUGGGGUUGGCCUACGGGACCAACAAAGGAGAUCUGGUCAUCUGCAGACCUGUGGACUCGCGGUCUGAUGGAGAUGGUCCUGCCGAGCACACUGCCGAACCCAUAUUUACUGUCAACAACAGCAGCAACACCGUCACCGUCCGAGGCACUGAACGGCAAGGGACAAGCAGGGCAAACUGGAGGUCCGACAGGGACAUGGGCCUGAUGAACGCCAUUGGUCUGCAGCCCCGUCACCCCACCCCAUCAGUGACCUCGCAGGGCACGCAGACACCCAUCCUGCAGCUACAGAACGCUGAGACGCAGACGGACCGGGAGAUGCAGGAGCCGGGCACGUCCCAGGCCAGCCACGUCCCGGGACAUGCAGAGGACCCCCCCAGCAGCAGCAGCACAGACAGGAGCCUGGAGACACCCCCAAACAGCCACGUGCGGGAUGGAGGCACUACAGACACAGCCACAGAGGCCAGCGCCAGUGCCGCCAACCCCGGCGAGGCGUCGGAGGCGGGCUCCGGCGAGGACGCGCUGUGGCGGAUCCGGCGGCUGAUCGCGGAGGGCGGGAUGACGGCCGUGGUGCAGCGGGAGCAGAGCACCACCAUGGCCUCCAUGGGCGGCUUCGGCAACAACAUCGUGGUCAGCCACCGCAUCCACCGCGGCUCGCAGACCGGCGCCGACUCGGCCGCGGGCAGGGGGCCCCAGGGCGGGCCGCGGGACGACCGCCCCCCGGCCUCCCCGCCCGGACCCUCCACCUCCACCUCCUACCGCUUCCCCUCGGCCGCCGGCCUGAGCCCCGCAGAGUCCCGCACCCUGGCCCACACCUUGCGCUUGACUCACGGGCCCCCGAGCCCCUCCGAGCCGGCGGGGGCGCGGGAGGAGGAGGAUGAGGGGGCCCCGCUCCCCCUUCACUUCGCCACCGACUUCGCCCCCCAGGCCGCGGGGAUGGCGCAGGCCGGACCUGCCGCACCCAUGGACAUAGAUGAUGUUUUCGAAGGCGGCCGGAUGGACUCUUCCUCGCCUUCCUCCUCCUCCUCAUUCUCCCCGGGCUCCUCCCCCACGGCCAGCAACAACAACAACAACAACAGCCACCUGGGCGACCCCUACAGCAGGUAGAGGGGCACGCAGCACGCCGUCGCCCGGGAGAAGGAGGGGUGCAUGCCAGCCUGGAGUCCCCAGGCAGCGUUAAGGCCAUCAGAUGGAGACCUGCACCAGAGACAGUGUUACAAACACAGAGGAAUAUCUGUUUAAUCUUGUCUGGUGGUGUCAGGUCCAACAUCAACCUUAUUUGCUCAAGUGUAGGUGCUGACCCCGCC